CUGUAAAGUGUUUAUUUUUAAUUUUGGGUAUUAGACAGGAAUAUUCACAAAUGUGGUGACGUCAUUAUAUACUAAUACAUAACCAACUUCGUCUCUUCAUCUCUACUAACAAUUACCGAAAACAAAAGCACCCGAAUUUUCAAAUCUUUCUCCUCUCUCUCUCUGUUUUCCUCGUAGAUCCCUUUCUGUGUUUCGAAUCUGAAGAUCAUGGGUGAGAAAGCCAUCUCAGGUAAUCUCAAGAAACUAACGAUCGACACAGGACGUUCAGAGACUCUCGUGGUCUGUUUCGGUGAAAUGCUGAUCGAUUUUGUGCCAACGGUGGGAGGGGUUUCACUCGCUGAAGCACCAGCUUUCAAGAAAGCUCCAGGAGGUGCACCUGCAAAUGUUGCUGUUGGUGUCUCUAGACUCGGUGGCUCCUCUGCUUUCGUUGGAAAGGUUGGUGAUGAUGAGUUUGGAAAAAUGUUAGCUGAGAUUCUAAAGCUGAACAAUGUGGAUAACUCUGGGAUGAGAUUCGACCACAAAGCACGUACUGCUCUCGCCUUUGUUACGUUAAGAGCUGACGGAGAGAGGGAGUUUCUGUUCUUCAGACACCCGAGUGCUGAUAUGCUUCUUACGGAGUCUGAGCUUGACAAGAACCUAAUCCAAAAGGCCAAGAUCUUUCAUUACGGAUCAAUCAGUUUGAUCAAGGAACCUUGCCGCUCGACUCAUCUUGCAGCUAUGAAAAUCGCUAAAGCCGCAGGGAGUCUCUUGUCUUAUGACCCCAACUUGAGGUUACCCUUGUGGCCAUCAGAGGAAGCUGCAAGGAAAGAGAUCAUGAGCAUCUGGGAGCUAGCUGAUGUUAUUAAGAUCAGUGAGGACGAGAUUACAUUCCUGACUGGUGGAGAUGAUCCUUAUAGUGAUGAAGUUGUGUUGCAAAAGCUCUUUCAUCCCAAUCUCAAGCUUCUUGUUGUGUCAGAAGGACCUAAUGGCUGUAGAUACUACACUAAGGAGUUUAAAGGUAGAGUUGGUGGAGUGAAAGUGAAAGCGGUUGAUACAACCGGUGCAGGAGAUGCAUUCGUGAGCGGUCUAUUGAACAGCUUAGCUUCUGAUCUCACUCUUCUCACUGAUGAGAAGAAACUAAGAGAGGCGCUUCUAUUCGCAAACGCUUGUGGAGCCAUCACAGUAACAGAGAGAGGAGCUAUUCCAGCGAUGCCCACCAUGGAUGCUGUUCAAGAGCUUCUCAAAUCUUCUGGCUCCUGAAAAUGCUCAUAAAGUCUCUUUUGAGUGAAUCACUUCACUACCUUUCUCACUGUAUCUUUGUGUUUUUUUCUAUCUUUUUCCCAGUUUGUAGGAACUCAAGAAUGUUGUGUGUGUGUGUUUUUAGUUUGUUGAUUGAUCUUCUGGAGUUUUGAUUUGGUUUUAAACUGCUUGUCGUUUCUUGUUGCCGAGGAUAAUUUUGGUUUUAAACUGCUU